GGGGCAAAGGGCUUCGCUACUCGUCUUUCUUCUUCCUCUCACCCACUCAACCUCCGAGUUUCUUCUGUUUCGCGGUUAUUGAAAUCCCGUGGAAAAUUUCGCGGGCGAGGGAAAAAGUGAAUAAGUUGGAGACAGGUUUAGGAAUCUCAUCGAGUAUAUUUAACCUUGCGGAUUUAGAGACGCCCUGAGUAAAAUAUAUAGCUUGGUGAAGAAAAUGCAAAGAGCUACUAGACGGAGAACAAGGAGUAAUGGAGGAGGAGAGGUUACUCCAACUGUUGACAAGGUAUCUGAACAAAGCAAUGCCUGUGUGGAUACGCAAAAUGAUGGACAUUCGCAUCGUGGAGUGAUGGAAAAUGGAAAGGGAAGGAUAUCCAAUGGGGUUUCUGGUGAAGAACAGAAAUCAACCCCUGAAACUGGAAAGAAGAGAGCUAAUAACAAAUCUUCAGGAUCGCAUCGUGAACUUGUCCUUGGUCUACCUUGCCGUGGACAAUUUGAAAUUUAUCGGUCCAAGAAGUCAGCCACGAGUUCGAAGAAGCUAGGAGGAGGUGGUAAAAGGAAUGUGGUGUUUUCAAGUCGCAGUAAAGCUCAGAGAUCUAAAGAAGCUACUGCUUCAUCUUCGGUAGGUGCUAAUUCCACACCUGUAGAUGGACCAAAGAAGAGGAAGAAGUAUAAGAAGAAGGGAAAAGUUAGAGAAGAUGAUGAGUACACAAGAAUCAAAAAGAAACUUCGGUACUUGCUAAACCGGAUUAACUACGAGCAAAGCCUAAUUGACGCCUACUCUUUAGAAGGCUGGAAAGGUUCAAGCCUGGAAAAGCUAAGGCCAGAGAAAGAGCUUGAACGAGCCACGAAAGAAAUUCUGCGACGCAAGGUGAAAAUUAGAGAUCUUUUUCAUCACUUGGACACACUCUGUGCCGAAGGAAGCCUUCCAGAGUCUUUGUUUGAUUCUGAAGGAAAGAUUUGUAGUGAGGAUAUCUUCUGUGCAAAAUGUGGUUCGAAGGACUUGUCUCUUGAUAAUGAUAUCAUACUAUGCGAUGGGUUUUGUGACCGAGGCUUUCACCAACUCUGUGUUGAACCACCUUUGCGAAAAGAAGAUAUUCCUCCGGAUGAUGAGAGUUGGUUAUGUCCCGGUUGUGAUUGCAAAGAUGACAGUUUGGAAUUGCUUAAUGAUUCUCUAGGGACAAAACUUUCGGUCAGCGACAGCUGGGAGAAAGUAUUUCCUGAGGCAGCAGCAGCAAUGGCUGGUGGAGAUCAAAAUCUGCACUGUGAUCUUCCUUCAGAUGAUUCUGAUGAUGAGGAGUAUGAUCCGGAUGGUUUGAAUGAUAAUGAAGAUGAUGAAGAUGGCAGUGAUGACAGUGAUGAUUCUGGGAACGAAGAUGGAAGUUCUGAUGAAUCUGAUUUCACAUCUGCAUCUGACGAAAUGGUUGGAUCAUUUAAAGAUGUGAAAGAUAUAAUGAACCUUCCGUCUGAUGAUUCUGAGGAUGAUGACUAUGAUCCUGAUGCCACGACUCGUGAUGAAGAUAAAACACAAGAAAGUUCAAAUUCAGAUUGUACAUCGGACUCUGAGGCUCCUGAAACUUCCUUAAAAGACGACGAGUCUAAUCAGCAAGAUGAAGUUACACUCGCUAAUGAAGCCAUUUCAGAGUCAGAUGCUGGGAUUGAUGAUGGUCUUGUAGAUGUUCCCGCGAGGAGGAAAGUUGAAAGGCUGGACUACAAAAAGUUGUAUGAUGAGGAAUAUGAGAAUGUUGCGUCUUCAUCGAGUGAUGAUGAAGAUUGGGAUAAAACCGCGGGAAAAGAAGAUUCCGAGUCCGCAGAUGAAGAAGACACUGUUCCUCUGAAACAGUCUUCAGAAGCAGAAGAUCAUACUUCUACUAAGAAACCUAGACAGAAAUCGAAAAGAGAGAAUACUAAGGAUACAUUGAAAGCGCCACAAGAAGCACCCGGAGAAAAUGGUUGUUCUGGUGAAAAAAGCAGCUCUUCAGCAUGUAAACAGACAAAUCCCAGAAAUCAGAGAUUAUUCGAAUCUUUUCAAGAGAAUCGAUAUCCAGACAAAACCACGAGGGAGAGCUUAGCCGAAGAGCUACAAAUGACAUUUAAUCAAGUUAGUAAUUGGUUUAGGAAUAGACGUUCUUCAACAAGCAAAAUGAUGGUUUCAAAGGAAGAUGUCGAAAAGUCAAGAACAGGCAAGGAAGGUGAAGGUGAGACGUCUGUUGCUGGAAGUAGCGAACAAACCUUGGAAACCGAGUCAGUCGCAAAGAAUAAGAGUAAAGCAUCGGAAUCAACCAAUACUGGAUCACGAAAAAGAAGGAGAAGGUAGAUUUUGAGAUUCAAUAAUGAAGGUUUUAGGACGACAUAACUGAAUAUAGUUGAACACACAAACUCGACAAAACCCCAAGAGAUGAAGAGAUCAAACCCACGCAUUUGUUUUGUUUGUUUGUUACUUGUUACACAUUUUUGGGAUGUAGUUUUGGUUCUGAAGACCUUGAAGUUAUAGCAUUGGAAGAAUCAGUGAUGCUAAAGUGAAAAGUUGAGGCAAAAGAAAAGAAUUUGUUCAAAAAAAUUGGAGCAUAGGUCUAAAGGUUAAGUUGAGACUUGUUAUGACUUAUGAUUAUGAAAGGUUGUUAACUU